AACAAAACCAAUAAAUUUCGCUACAUCCAGCAGCAAUUAUAUUAGAAAGAAUAUCUAGUAAAUACAGCGGUUUAUAUCAAAGCUCCAUACAAAGUUUGCGACAACAAAAUGUUUUGGAUACUUCGUCGCACCGGUGCGGCAAAUUUUUUCAAUUCAUUCAAUAAUAAUUGCAGUUCAUCGAAGGGUGGUAGCAGUUCGGGUACACAAGAUAAAUAUGUAAAACGUCCACCUCGCAAGGCGUACGGCCGCCUCAGCGCUGAUUCUGAUGACGCCAGUUCACAGCACAAACACAAAAUCGAUGAUCCUUUCGAAGAUUACGAUAACUUCAAAAUAAUAACAUCAGAUAGCAGUUGUAGCCACAACAAUGUAAAUGGCAACAUGAAUGGUAAUGGCAGCGCUACAUGUUCGCAUGGUCCGGACGAUGACAGAGAUGGAGAAGGAUGUGGUGGUGAUAGUGGGAGUGUAGCUGCUCUUGAUGCCAAAAUGAUUUCCUGCACACUGCCCGAUUGUCAGGGAAAUUUCGUAAAUGGUGGCGUGGUGUGUGAUUUAGAUGUUAUGACAGGUCUAUGCAGAGGUGAUGUUGGUGCUGCCUCUAAAUCGAAUUCAUCGGCGACACAAAGGCAAAAAGUAGUCAACGAGAAUACUAUUAACCGCUUGCAGGCGAUGGCGAUGUCAGAUGAUGAUGAUUAUGAUGAAUCUCUGACAUGCAAUGUUUGUGAUAGAGCUUUCCAUUGUCAUAGGCAAUUGGCAUCGCAUCAGCAGAAAAAGCGUCAUUUCGGUUGCAGCGCCUGCGAUAGCCUCUUUCCAUCACUCAUGAUACUAGAACAUCACAAAGAAGAAUUCGAACAUUGGAGUGACGAUGAAAUAAGCCGACGAAUUUGCUGUAGACGAAAUCGGGGGGAAGAUUAUUUUACUGAUACAGACUCGUUCACGAGUGAAGCUGAAAGUGAGGAUCUGGAGAGGCUGUUGUAAAAAGGGGGAACUUAACUAUUGUAAAAAGGAAAAACUGAAUAAGUGUGAGAGAAAAUAUCAGGAAGUAAUUAAUGUGCGUAUUAAAACCAGCUGCUGGCAUAUUUAUAUGUACACAUGUAUCUAUGUACAUACAUAUAUAUAAAUG